AUGUCGAAACAGCCAAGAGCAAUAUUCGUGGCUCGUCUCCUCUGCUUUGUGGCCGCGACGGGCUACUCAAUGGCCUUGCCCGUCGCCCAUGGACUCGAGAAGCGGCAAACCAGCUCCAGUGACAUCUGGCCAUCCCCUAUCACAUUGUUUUGGGGAGGUUUCUGUCUCAUUACCUUCUUCAUAUUGCUCGCGCGCUCUUGCACAGGCCCAAAUCAAAACACAUCUUCCGGCUUGACUGGCUCCUCCGUCACAGGAGGCGAUAUCCUGAACGAAUCCAGCAGCAUUGCCAGAGAGUUUCAGCGCACCAAGCCGCCGCCCACAAACGAGCUCCCGACACCCGCCCAGCGAGCCCAGAUCGAGCAGGAGAGCAUCAUCGACUCGUACAAGUUUGUUCCAUCCGCCAGCUACGGAGGCGUCGCCACCGACGGCAAUCUCGUCGUCCGGUUUACGACGCAAGCUCUCACCCGCUCGUGUCUCAGCAAGCAUCCGCUGAUUCCACCUCCGGGCCAGCCGCUGUGCUAUUUCGAGGCAGAGAUUGUCUCCCCACAAACCCUCUUGGACAGCGUCCAGGUUUCGAUCGGUCUUGCAACCAAUCCGUAUCCGCCCAUGAGACAUGUCGGCGUGGACAAGUUCUCGGUCGGGCUCACAAGGAAUGGCCAAGCAUUGAUCGAUGGUGUUGCUGUUGGAGGCGACUUGGGCAGCUACACCCUCAACUCGGUGGUCGGCUGCGGAUACUAUCCAGAGUCUGGCCAAGUCUUUUUCACGCUCAAUGGCCAGUUGAUUGCCCAAUAUUCCUGCCACAAGCGGGCUUACCAUGCGGCUGUGUCGGCCAGUUCCCAGUGCAGAAUCCGAGUCAAUCUCGGGCUUGAUGAGUUCCUCUACAGCCACAGCGCCGGUUUGCAACGAACGGACACUGAGGAACUGCCAAGUUACGAGGUGGCCGUGUCCUCGUAG